GCGUGUACUACGUAUUGCAACACUUAAACAAAAAUCAGACAUGGCGCGGGUACACAGAAUUCCGGACUUUUUUCACUUUUUCAUUUAUUUAUCAAUAUUUUCAUGUUGUUUACUUAAUUUGGCUAGUGCAAACAGGGAGCUAGAUGAAAGUAAUUGGAGGGACAUACUCGAAGGGGAAUGGAUGGUAGAAUUCUACGCGCCAUGGUGCCCCGCAUGCUCCGCCCUCGCACCAACAUGGCGGGACCUGUCCGCCCGCGCGGGCAAGCAGUCCCUCGCCAUGCGCGCCGCCUCCGUCGACGUGACCAAGUCGCCCGGCCUCAGCGGGCGCUUCGUGGUCACCGCGUUACCUACUAUAUUCCAUGUGAUUGACGGCGAAUUCCGUCAAUACAAGGGUCCCCGCGACGUAGACUCUAUGCUAAGCUUCGUGCAACAGAAACGGUGGCAGCAAACAGAACCCGUGCCAUCUUGGAAGGGCCCUGACUCGCUCCAAAUGGGCCUGGUGGCGCAGUUCUUCAAGCUGUCUCAAGCACUCAGGAGCGUGCAUAAUAUGCUUAUGGAGACGUACGGGCUGCCGACGUGGGGCUCGUAUCUGAUCUUCGCUGUCGCUACUAUUUUCAUCGGGGCACUGCUUGGACUGGUGUUGGUGUGCCUGAUCGACGUGCUGUACCCGCCGCGGCGCAAGGACUUCAUCCCGGCCGCUACCGGCGCCCGGGGGGACGCCGGCAACAAGUCCGACGACGAACAGGAGGAGUUGAUAAACGAAGAUAUUGUAGACGACGCGCCCUCCGGUGCCGACAGCGAUGCCGAGAAGAAUUCGCCCAGCGACAGCUCCUCCUCCUCGGCGGGGGCGGGGGCGGCGGCCGGCGACGCGCGCGCGCCCGAGACUUGAAGUAACGAAGCCAUUAUAUUCUAAAUGUUUUAAAACAUUCCGGAUCCUAAAUCUAACGUAUAACAUGCAACGUACUUACAAUUUCAACAACUUGGCAAAACGAAUUAUUGAAAUGUUAUUUAAAAUUACGCCAACAUUAAACGUGUUUAACUAUAUUUUGCAUUUUUUAUUGUAUGUAAAAUACUCAGAUUAUAAUAUAUGUUGCUCAGACUUUUGUAUAUUCACUAUAUAUUUUCUAACACAUGCAUUUUUCGUCCCUUGAUUUUUAAGGUAAUAUUGUAGUGGUGUGAAAGAGUUCUGAAUAUCUGGUAGACGAACGAGGUAUAUAUAGGAUACAUACAUUUGUACAGUCAGCAGCAGAAGUUGCUAAACGGGCGAAGUGUUCAAAAUUACUUUGACACGCUCUUAUUCUCUAAAGGCCCCUGUACACAAUGGGCCAGCGUGGCCCGUCUGGGGGACGCAUUUAUGCGGUAGAGGGAGCAAGUGAUAUUGCUAUCUCAUUCUACCGCAUGGCUGCGUCGCUUGGACUGGCCGGCGCUGGCCCAUUAAAAAAAUUUCGGCUACAAAUAGCAAAUAUAUUAAAAAGCAGAUAUGAACAGAAACAAUUGUGUUCGACGUAUUUGCGUAAUGUGCUUAUUAUAGGACAGGGUGUCGUAAUGAAGCACUAGAUGUAGUGUAAACAAAGGUUAUAAAAUUUGUGGUUUUUUUUUUAAUUAUACCGAAAUAGAACUUUUUCUCAUCACCACGAUUAACAAUAAAGUGAACGGGGAGCAGGAAAUAUUGAAAUUUCACUAUGUUGGAAAAUUUCAACAUCGGUAUCAUCAUAUACCAAUAAUAUACACACAUAUUUUGCAAAGGGAUACAAAACCAUUUUUAGUUUUUAUAAGUAGCCCUCUUGGUUAUCUUUGAUCAUAAGUAUGUUACAUUUUUGGUAAGAGAUAGUCAAAUAAAUGGCUUAUAAGUAUAGCGACAUAAAAUAUUUGAAAUUGAAAAAAAGGAACUAAAAAAUCCUAUAAGUACUAAAUUGUUGGCAAUUUUAAGCAUUUGACGUCAAAAAUGUGACAGUUAUUAUUAGGAAGUGGCGCCCUUAAUAAUUUUCUACAAUUUUUUGUCGGACUGUAGGAUCCUACUCUAGUAUUAGCCUUUGUUUUAUCUAUUUAUGAGAUUUAUCAAUGUGCUUAGUGUUCUAAAACACAAAUAUGAUUUGCUCCCCGCGCAUUGCGAUAUAAUGCCUUGUACAAAGACUUAAGAUUUGUUAGUGUUGCGUUUUUAUUAACUAUUAUUGACUUAGUGACUUGCUGAAUAAAUUGUAUUUAUAAA